AGCUGGGUGGCACUGGGAGCUUAGCUUUGGAGAGGGGAGAAGCCAGAGAGAGACAGAGAGAAGCUGACUGGUGCACAUCUCAGUGCACGCACUUAAGACCCCUGACUGGCUUCAGACACAUACUGAGAGACAGACAGAGAGAGUGCAGACACACAGUGAAGAGACACUGUUAGCUUAUUGUUUAGCUAGACUAACUUUUUCUGAUACAUUUUUGGACAUAAGAUCUUCAGUGAAGCUGUUGAGAAUUGCUACGGAUUUUUCAUGCUUUAGCACCGGAUCACUAAAAGCUAUCGUUUGGAUCUCUACAUCACUUCUGGAAAAUUAGUAUAUUUUUGACAAAAUCAACCAGAGGGAUGUUUUUCAUGGAGAAUUUGACAAGGAAGAUGCUCAACAUUGCUUUCUUGAUGUAUUGUGGCUCAGCAUUGCUGGUGGAGGGCGCCUGCCCGGCCCAGUGCUCCUGCUCCACCUCCCCGCCGGCCUGCCCGCUGGGCGUUAGCUGGGUGACGGACGCUUGCGGCUGCGGCUGCCGGGUGUGCGCGCAGCAGUUCAACCAGGACUGCGGCCCCGACCUGCCCUGCGACCACAUCAAGGGCCUGCACUGCCACCUGGGGGCCGGGGGUGACCCUGAGCGAGGCCUGUGCCGAGCCCAGGCCCAGGGUCGGCCGUGCGAGUUCACUGGACGCGUUUACCAGCACGGCGAGGACUUCCAGCCCAGCUGCCAGCACCAGUGCAGCUGCAUGGACGGCGUGGUGGGCUGCAUGCCCUUGUGCCUGCACCAGGUGCCUCUGCCCGACUGGCGCUGCGCCAGCCCUCGACUGGCCACGCCGGCCGGUCGCUGCUGCCAGGAGUGGGUGUGCAACGACAGCAACCACAUCAGCGAGGAGCCGCGGGAGCCUGAGCACACGUCUCUCCCUACAAACCACAUCAGCAAGCACCUCCCGACACAGCAGCGCUCAAGCACCAGCCUCUCCUUCCAGGAGUGGCUGUCUCUGCCCACAUCUCGUCUGAUAGUGUCCCAGACCUCCUGUUUCCCACAGACCACUGAUUGGUCGGAGUGCUCGGCCACAUGUGGCUUUGGCGUCUCCAGCCGAGUCACCAAUGAGAACCCAGAGUGCCGCCUGGUCAAAGAGACACGGUUUUGCCAGAUUCGGGAGUGUGGUGUGACUGCUAGUGUCAAGAAAGGGAAGAAGUGCCGGCGGACCGUGCGGCCUCGGGAACCAGUGAGCAUCACGUUCGCCGGCUGCACCACAAUCCGGCGCUACCGGCCGCGCACCUGCGGCUCCUGCGUCGAUGGCCGCUGCUGCCGUCCCACGCAGAGUCGCACAGUGCGCCUGCGCUUCCAGUGCCCCGACGGCGAGAAUGUUAACCGCAACGUCAUGUGGGUCCAGCGUUGCCGCUGCAGCCGGAGCUGCCCGUCCUCCAACGAUGGCGAUGACGGGGCCGGGCCCUCGGUCAGCCUCCACAACGACAUCCACACCUUCCAGGGAUCGCCAUCACUGGAGUGAAAGCCAAUCCGUCCAGCCACCCAACCCUCAACCCAACCCUGCAUUAGGAUGGGAGCCUGGCUUGCCUCCCUCUGUGACUGAUGUAUGACCAGAAGGUCCACCAUUGCGCACCAGACCACCCGCAGUGGAGGUGCUGCCUCUUGUGUGGUCGAUCACUUCUCCACAGACUUAAGAGAGAGCACUGGCCUUCAUCAAGUGUCAGGAUCAGCCCUCUUCCCCUCCCUCUCCCCUCCUCCCCCAACUAAGCUAACCUUCGAUAAUAUGUUUAGAUGAUCUGCUUGCACUUUACGUUUCCUACCAUUUGGACGUUCUUCCCCCUCCCUCCCUCCCUUCUUCCCUUCCCUCCCUCGCCUUUUGUGGAAUGUUUGCCAUGUGGAGUUCUACCAUCUGUAGCUGGACUCUGCACUGCACAACUAAGUGCUGACACUUCACAGACAUAACCUGCUAUCUAUGGAGACAGUUCUGAGUUGCAACACAUUGCUGUUGAACCAAUGAAUGGCAAACUCGACAUCAGAUGAGAUGUGUCUGUUACAUAUUACUGUUGUUUCUUUUGGUCCGACUCUCUUCUAAUUUAUUGGUCUUAAUUUUUGAGUACCUCCAACACUGGAGGAAAAGCAGAAUACUUAGGUAUUUGUAGACUUCCCAUCAGCUUGGAUGGGUAAAUAUUGAAGUGCACUAACAUCCCUUUCUUAGUUGAUCUCCACUGUGGUGUUGACAGGUGAUUUUGGUCUUGAAUGUGCAUUUGAAUGGAAGGCUGAUGAUUGCUUUGAAUACACAACAGAUUUGGAGAUCCAUAAGUAUACUGACUCAUUUGUUAAUUGUUUCUGUCUGUUCAGUGCAUACAGUUCUCUAAUUAUCGACCAUUGUUGGCACUGCACUGCCUUCUGAUGUGAGUGUGUGAAUCCGGCAUAUACGUGCGUGUUUGUGUAUGUGUAUGUGUUUUUUGUGUCGGUGACAGAGUGAAGUCAAGACAAUGAAAAGGGAUGAUAGACAAGUUGAAUGAGAGAAGUAAAAAAAAUAACAGAAAGAGUCUGUGUGUUUUAUUAGAACUUUCAAUGUACAUAUACAAACUUCAUUCAGUGGAGUGACGAUAUUUGGAAAUCGCUUCAUUUUUCGGGGCGUGCUUGGGAUCUGACUCUAAAUUCUGAUGCUUUACAGGCUCUCAUCCUGGAGUGAGGAUUUUAUUUGUGUAUUUAUGACUUCUAUUUAGUUUUGUAAUAAAUUGUGUCUUUGAUGUGUGACAAGCACAUCACAUUAAAACAUAUACAAAAG